AUGGGUUACUGGCUGGUCCUCGUGAUGCUGUGGCAGUGUGACACGACCUACAGAGAACUCUCUUUCCUGGACGCUGCCAAUUCAGGAAUUAUAUUCCUGUUGAAGAUUUUUGUCCACCUGACACUGUUAUCAGGUCUCCUUAAACUUCUUCAGGCGAUGACCAUCCAGGAAUAUUGGUCAUAUUUUGCUAUACAGAAAGAACCAGAUGUGCUUUGCGAUCAAAACCCAGAACAAUCAAAUAGGAACCAUAGUGAUGAUGAACGAAAGGGAAAGAAAAAAUGGAAAGAAAGAGAAGGGGAAGAAAAAAAGGAGGAACUAGAAGAGAAACUGGAAGAAGAACAAGAAAUGGAAGAAGAAAAUGAAGAACAACAUCCCCAGGAAAGAUUAGUCAGUAAGCCCCUCAUGGACACUCUCUGGGCAACAUUUAAGUUAAACAAAUGCCCCACAACGGGAGAUAGCCGAUCACUUGCAUUUGAAUUUAAUAUGACAGUAAAACAGAUAAAGCAGUGGUUUCAUAAAAGGAGGAAGAAAUACAAUAAAGUGAUGUACAAGAGGAAACAUAAGAAGAGACCUAAGAGAUGCUGA